CGUUUUAUUACGCCUUUCAGUAAAACGCAAUACCGCAUUGGAUAUUUUUUUCCGCUCUUCGAUACAAACAAGAUGGCCGACGUUGAAAUCCAUAAAUUGAAGUUGGCUGAGCUCAAGCAGGAGUGUUCUGUGAGGGGAUUGGAUGUGAAAGGAAACAAAGGUGACCUUAUUGGAAGGUUGCAGGCAUACCUUGAGGAGCAUGCAUGUUAUGUUCCAGAAGAUGAGGUGAAUGAAGAGGAGGUAUUGGGAGAGUUGGAGGACGAUCCUAAAGAGGAGGAAAUCAAUGAAACACCUGCAGAAGAGGCCGUAGAAGAGGCAGCUGUACCUGAAAAGGAUGCUGAGAAGAAAGUUGUGAAAAUCACUGCCCCAGCGGCUGCGGAUGAGAGGCUGCAGAAAAGGGCAGAGCGUUUCAACCUGCCUGCCACUGCUAAUAGUAAGAAAGAGGCCCGCGCUGCCAGGUUCGGUUUACCAGCUCCAACGCCGGCUUCCACACCAAGUGCACCAGUUGCGAAUAGCAAACCAACUGUCAGCGUUGAGGUCCUAAAGAAGCGGGCAGAGCGCUUUGGCAUGAAUGUCUCCUCUGUUGCCAAAACGGUUGAAGUUGACGAGAAACUGAAAAAAAGGAAGGAGAGGUUUGGGAUUCUCACCGCUGCUGCUGCAGUUGGGGCCGAAGAUAGCGAGGCAAAGAAGAGGAAACGAGCAGAACGAUUUGGAAAUAAUUGAUUCAAUUUGACAAUUUUUUUUACUUUUUUAAAAAUUUCAUUUUGUAGUUUUUAAACUUGUAACUUGUUUUAAAGUGAUAAAAUACCAACCUUUGCUGUUUAGUAAGAAAACAUAUUUACAGUAUGUAAAAGUUUGGAAAUUAAAUAUAUUUUCCAAUUUCCCACAAGUGUCCUAAUAACCCUUGAAUAAACUUGUCCUAUAGCUGUUGGGAAAUAAAUUCAUGUAGAGUCUGGAUAGACUUUCCUAUCAGGGGUUAAUCCUUAAGGGUUGAUUGACACAUAAUAAACAAAUCCCUAUCAAAAUC